UCGAGGUGGGACUAAGGAGCAGCAAGAGGAUCGUUGUAACUGAGCUAAGAGACGUACAGACGUCAUUCAAGCAACUUCUUUCCCUUAACUGAGCAGCAUGUCAGUAGUCACAUCCCCUGCCCAGGUGCCUCCACCUAUUGUGAACCCUCCUCCUGAGGUCACGAACUCCAGUAAGCCUGGCGAAAAAACCAACCAGCUACAAUAUAUGCAGAAUGUGGUUGUGAAGACUCUAUGGAAGCAUCAGUUUGCGUGGCCCUUUUACACACCUGUGGAUGCCAUCAAGUUGAAUCUGCCAGACUACCAUAAAAUUAUCAAGAAUCCAAUGGACAUGGGAACCAUAAAGAAGCGCCUUGAGAAUAAUUACUAUUGGACUGCUGGAGAGUGCAUGCAGGAUUUUAACACUAUGUUCACAAACUGUUAUAUCUAUAACAAGCCCACAGAUGACAUUGUUCUCAUGGCUCAAGCCUUGGAAAAGAUUUUCCUCCAAAAGGUAGCUCAGAUGCCUCAGGAGGAGGUGGAACUUUUAACCCCACCACCGAAGGGCAAAGCACGGAAACCCGGAGCACCCCCGGCUUCAGAAAACCAACAAUCAAUAGCACUGACUACCGGUUCUCCAUCCUCGUCGUGUCCGAGCUCCCCUCCUCAGCUGGCUCAGACUCCUGUAAUAGCAGCGACUCCUGUCUCGACCAUCACCUCCAAUGUCCAAGCUGUGCCCCCCGCCGCGUCCAUGAUCCCAACUGCACAGCCCGUCGUCAAAAAGAAAGGGGUGAAGCGGAAAGCAGACACUACCACACCCACAACCUGCGCGAUCACUGCCAGCAGAAGUGAGUCGCCCACUGCCAUGCUGGAGUCUAAACACAGUAAAGUCAUUUCCAGACGAGAGAGCACAGGCCGACCCAUCAAACCUCCCAAAAAGGACCUGGAGGACGGGGACGUACAACAACAAGGCAACAAGAAAAGCAAGCUCAACGAUCAUCUCAAAUACUGUGACACUAUCCUUAAAGAGAUGCUCUCCAAGAAACAUGCGGCCUACGCCUGGCCCUUCUACAAGCCUGUAGAUGCGGAGGCCCUCGAGCUGCACGAUUAUCACGAAAUCAUCAAGCAACCAAUGGACCUCAGCACUGUCAAAAAAAAGAUGGACGGUCGAGAAUACCAAGACGCCCAAAGUUUCGCAGCAGAUAUUCGGUUAAUGUUCUCAAAUUGUUACAAAUACAACCCGCCCGAUCACCAGGUCGCUGCCAUGGCAAGAAAACUCCAGGAUGUGUUUGAGAUGAAAUUCGCCAAGAUGCCCGAUGAACCCGCGGAGCCGUCCUCUCCCAGCGCGGUGUCAGCCACGGCAGUGGUGAGCAAGAGCACGGGCAGCAGCGAGAGCAGCGCCGACUCUUCCAGCUCCAGCUCCGACUCGGAGGAGGAACGGGCCACUCGGCUGGCUGAGCUGCAGGAACAGCUGAAGGCUGUUCAUGAACAGCUAGCCGCUCUGUCACAGGGUCCUGUGAGCAAACCAAAGAAAAAGAAAGAGAAGAAAGAAAAAGAGAAGAAGAAAAAAGAUAAAGAGAAGGACAAAGACAAAAACAAGGUCAAGGCGGAAGAUGACAAAAAGGCCAAGUCCUCGCAACCGAAUAAGCAAACUCAGCAGAAGAAGACCUCCGCACGGAAACCCAACAGCACGUCCACCACGAGGCAACCGAAAAAAGGGGGAAAACCUGGCUCUGCGAACUACGAGUCUGACGAGGAGGAGUCUCUUCCCAUGUCUUAUGACGAGAAACGGCAGCUCAGCCUGGAUAUCAACCGUUUGCCGGGUGAGAAACUGGGCCGCGUGGUCCACAUCAUCCAGUCGCGCGAGCCGUCGCUGCGAGACUCCAACCCGGACGAGAUCGAGAUCGACUUCGAGACGCUCAAGCCUUCCACGUUGCGUGAGCUCGAACGAUACGUCAAGUCUUGUUUACAGAAAAAGCAACGCAAACCUUUACCGGGCACUGGGAAAAAGAGUGCCAAGUCUAAAGAGGAACUGGUUCAGGAAAAGAAGAAAGAGUUAGAAAAGAGGCUACAGGACGUGAGCGGACAACUGAACAACAACAAGAAACCACCCAAAAAAGAGAAGGCGGGGUCUGCGCAGGGGGGCGGGCCAUCUCGGCUGAGUGGCAGCAGCAGCUCUUCGGAUUCGGGCAGCAGCAGCUCCAGCGGCUCCAGCUCCGAGAGCAGUGACUCAGACUGAACUCCGCGUACUUCAACCUCCUCUAUUUUCUAACGAGUAGUGUGUGUUGUCAUGAUAGUAUCUCUCUGAAGGCCCCGUUUUAUAAAGAGCUAGACGCAUUGCAGAUGGCAGAGGAUAUUUUAAAAUAGUUCGUAGGAUGCUCUUGGCUCAGACAAAGAGGAGAGUUGGAAUAGUUCAAGCAGUUUUAAGGUUCUCGCUGGCCCUCAAAGGGAAACGUCUGGUAUCACCAGAGGAAAAAAAAAGACAAAAAAAAGAUAUUUUUUUGAAAAUAAGUCGGCUGUGGAGGUGAAACGGUUGUGUGUGUGUGUCUGUUUUUUUCUCCUUUUUUUUUUUUUUUAGGUUGCUGCUCGUUAGAUCCAUACUGAAAACACGCAUUAGUGGAAAAACUGACAAAUGCCUGGCUGCAUUUUUUUUACUGAUCGAGUAGCUACACAAGUCUGAAGGAACAAACAAUGAUAUCGGCUCUCUCGCUCUGGUGUGGUUCUGUCAUGUUGGCAUGACACUUCAGCUCAUUCCACGUUUCUUUUGCUGACUAUGAUAAUACUCGUAAUUGUUACCAUUUUUAAGAGAAUCUAUUUAUUUUUUUUAAUCCAAAAAGGCACAAGGCUGCGUGCGUUUUCAACGGAAAUGUUUUCAGGUGACCAGUUUAAAUGUAAGAAAUUCGGCUCGACGUAACUCGCUAGUACUCUAGGCCGCAUCUGGAAACUGUCAGUAUCAUUAUUAAACCGUUUUCAGAGGCUUCGUAAUCAUUGCAACACUGUAAACUUUCUCUUCCGGUGCUGUCAGCUCAGUAUUUGAUGUAGAAUUAUGUCUGAAUUUUUUUUUUUUUUGUUUUGUUUGUUCGCUUUUAAUCUAUAUCAUAUGCUCAUUUGUUUUCUAUUUGGAUUGUCUUCUUCCUACUUUUUUUUUUUUUUACUAUUCAUUUGUAGGCUCCCUGAGUAUCUAAUUUCCUACUUUCUAUCUGAUAUGCCUCAUCUUUACUAAGUCCACUCAUAGGACAAUCAAAGUUGUGAUUUAAGUUCAGUAUAUAUGAAACGGGGUGUAUUUAUCAUGAAUGAUGGCAAAAAUACAUUGAGAAUUUCAAAAAAACGCCCGUAAGGCUGCAGAUUGGAACGAAUCGGCCUCCACGAAACUCCAAACUAAGUGAAUACUAGAAUAAUAGCCACUUAAUAGGAGAUCUCCGUAAAGAAAAGACAAGAUUUCAAGCAGCUGUGCUAGAUGUCAUUUCAGAAGGAUACGUGUUUGACAAUAGUUAUUUUUAGUUGAAAGUAUUACAACUAAUGUACGUUCUCAAUUUUAAUAACUUUAUUUUACUUUAGUUUUUUCUCCGAAUGGUGUAUCGAAUGCUUUCAAUGGUACCUAGACACUUCUUGCCAUGUAUCCAGAAUAGUUUGGAAAUGGACCAUGACUGAUAAUCUUUAUAAAAAAAAAAAUAUGAAUGUAUUAGUUUUUUUUUUUUUCUUCUUCUUCUUGUGGCUGCAGUAAUGCCACUCAUACUGGGUUUGUUGCAUUGGCGAGGAUUUCUUUAACAGCCUUGAAUUCAAGCCUGAACCCCCUCAGAAAUCAUUGGAUGUGCUCUUGUUGCCUUAAGUUUAGUUGGCACAUUAAAAUAAAGUCAGAUUGGUCCGGUAUAACUGAUUAAGUUGAAGCCAAUGUGUAUAGUUGUUUUGUUUUGUUUUUUUAAAUCAUGAAAACGCAUCAAGAAAUCGUGAUGUAAAGUGACUUCAUUGGUUUUCUUUAUGUAGGAUGCUUUUAAUUAUGGUUUGAUUUUCUUCAUUAUACCACUGUAUUGCAUUACAUGUUCCUUGUGACUAUAACCUACCUUGUCUCAAAGAUGAUUUCUGUUACAGUUCCUCUUCCUCAAUUCCUCCAGCAGAGCCCAGUAAAUAAAACUGAGCUUCGUGAUGCAGACAGAGAUAUAAAGAUACAUAGGAUAUAUAAUUACAGAUAUAAAUGUAUAUUCACUACUUAUUCGUCAACUCUGUCUCGGGUCUAAGUAUUUUAGUUCUUUUUUAUGAGAGAGAGAGAGAGAGAGAGAGAGAGAACAUUUGUGUAUUGCAUGCCAAUUUACAGUAUAUUUCUUAAACUUUUUGAGCAGUUUAUAACAUGUAAAUGUCAUUCUUUCGAGUAAAAUUUUAAAAUUGGUAGCGCUGCAUAUGUUAAGUUCAGCAAGUUAAAGCAAGUUGACAAGUAUGUUUUGGCACAGACUUACAUGGUAAUAUCUGAUGUAUAAGCUAAUCUUGAGAUUUGGACACUGAGCCCCUCGUUUUUCGUAAAUAAAUCACAAAAACCCA